GACCAUGCCUUACUACGCGGAACAAAGUUCAUGUGCCUGGAAGGUGGUUGUGGCGCUUGUACGGUGUACGUCGAACGGCAGGAUCCAGUGUCCGGGGAAAAGGAUUCUAUUUCGGUGAAUUCCUGUCUACUGCUGGUGUUCGCUUGCCAUGGAUUGGAAAUUACAACGAUCGAGGGAAUUGGAAACCGAAAGGAUGGAUACCACCCACUUCAGAAACAGCUGGCCGAGUUCAACGGAUCGCAGUGUGGAAUGUGUUCUCCAGGGAUGGUUAUGACGAUGUAUGGGCUGAUGAAAUCGAAGCAAGGGAAAGUGAGUGCCGAAGAGGUGGAAAAUGCGUUCGGUGGGAAUCUUUGUCGGUGCACUGGGUACAGACCGAUACUGGAAGCGUUCAAGUCAUUUGCAGCGACUUCUGAAGAGUUGUGUGAAGAUAUCGAAGAUUUUGUGAAGAUAUGCCCGAGUAGGGGCGGUGCUUGCAUUGCAAAGUGUAAAUCACGAGACGAGAAGAACCCGAUUAGAAUACUGUUUGGAGAUGGAAGAGAGUGGCAUAAAGUGUAUUCCUUGCAAGAAGUGCUGAAUAUUCUGAAUCAAAUCGGAGAUCGACCUUAUAUUCUCGUAUGCGGAAAUACAGCUAAUGGUGUCUACAGAAGAAACGACAAUAUACAAGUGUUUAUCGAUUGUAAUUCAGUUUUGGAACUUCACGAGAUUUCAAUAUCCGAUGACACCAUCUUAGUAGGAGCAAACAUCACGUUAACGAAAUUUAUGAAGGUUUUAGCAGAUGCUUCUAAUAGCAAUCAACAGUUUUACUAUUGCAAAGAAUUGAUCAAACACUUGGAAUUGGUAGCACAUCCCUUAGUUCGAAAUGUUGGGAGUAUAGCAGGGAAUCUAAGCUUGAAAAAUCAGCAUCGUGAGUUCCCAUCUGAUAUCAGCUUGCUGUUGGAAGCUGUCGGUGCGAAACUUACUACAGUGAAUGCCCAGUCCAACCAGAAAACUGAGGAGAGUGUUGUACAAUAUAUAUUUUCCAGUGCACAGAAGAAAGUGAUACGGUCAAUCAGUUUACCACCCUUGGAUCCAAAAGUGUACGUGUUGAGAACCUUCAAGAUCAUGGCUCGUGCUCAGAAUGCGUUAGCUUAUAUGAACGCGGCAUUUUUGGUGAAGUUUGACACAUCAAGAACAAUUAUCAACGAAACGAGGAUCUGUUUUGGAAACAUUAGUGCGUCGUUUACUCGUGCUGAACAAACUGAACGCUUCCUGACUGGCAAAACAUUAUUCAGUAACAACUCUCUACAAGCUGCGAUCAAACCUUUGAAUGAUGAACUAAAACCAGACUGGAUUCUUCCUGAGUCGUCCGCUGAAUACAGAAAGAAUCUAGCAAUUGCCUUAUUCUACAAAUUUGUAUUGACCAUUGCUCCGAUGGAUUCAGUCAAAUCCCUAUACAGAUCGGGUGCCACUGUUUUGGAUCGGCCAUUAUCGUCCGGUCACCAAUCCUAUGAUACAUAUAAUAAGUAUUGGCCACUUACAAAAUACAUUCCCAAAGUGGAAGGCCUGGCGCAAUGCGCCGGAGAGGCCGAGUACAUCAACGACAUUCAUCCGUUUCCAAAUGAACUGUUUGCGGCAUUUGUUGUUGCUACUGUCCCUCUCUCAAAUGUAGCGCAGAUUGAUCCGACGCAGGCGCUCAAGAUGAAAGGAGUUGUUGGAUGUUUUACGGCCAAGGAUAUACCCGGAGCUAAUUCCUUCACACCGCAAUCGUUGGGAUUUCCAGAAGUUGAGGAGGUACUCUGCAGUGGACGAGUUUUAUAUUACGGGCAACCGAUUGCUAUUAUUGUUGCUGAAAGUCACAUGAUUGCCAACAGAGCUGCCAAUUUAGUCGAAGUCACGUACGAGAAAAGACGGGAGGAUGUACGUCUUCGACUGAAGACAGAUGACGGUGUGCCCAGUCAGGAGACAUUUGAAAUGGUUGGUGAAGAAUACAGUGCUUCCGAUGUAGAUGACGCUGUCAAGGUCAUAGGGCGUAUGGAACUUUUAGGCCAGUCCCAUUUCCCACUUGAAAAGCAAACGUGCAUUUGUGUGCCUCAAGAAAGCGGCAUGGAUGUCUAUCCGUCGGCUCAAUGGAUGGGUGUAACCCAACUAGCAAUAGCCCAAGUACUCAAUCUUCCUCAAAGUCGAAUAAAUAUAUUCAUCAGGCGGUUGGGAGGAGCUUUCGGAAGUAAAGUCUCUCGACAGGGAUUGACGGCAUGUGGCGCAGCGCUGGCUGCUCAUCUGACCAACCGACCGGUCCGCUUCUAUCUGACUAUGGAAGCAGAUAUGCAGCUAAUUGGGAAACGUUUGGAUUGUAUCAGUGACUACGACGUCCACGUUGAUGAUAACGGAAGAGUUCUCAAACUGACAAACUACUUUGCACAUAACUAUGGAUCGUCAUUUAACGAACCAAUUGGGAAAUCGUUUAUAUUAAUCUUUCCUAACUGUUACGAAAACAAAACUUGGAAAGUUAUUGGAAAAAUGGUACAAACUGAUACUCCUAAGAAAACUUGGUGUCGUGCUCCAGCCUCAACUGAAGCCAUAGCCACUGUUGAAACAAUUAUGGAGCACAUUGCUCAUGCCACGAGGAAGGAUCCACUGGAAGUCCGCCUUGCCAACAUGCCAAAAGAUAGCAAAAUGCGUACGCUCAUACCGGAGUUUUUGAAUCGAAUCGAGUUCAGUUCUCGGCGUAUUUCUAUCCAAUCGUUCAACGAAAACAAUCGUUGGAAGAAACGAGGCAUUGCCUGGAUACCGAUGAAGUUCCAAACGGAUUUCCAUGGGAUAUAUUAUGCAAUGGUUUCCAUCAACAUAGGAGACGGAUCGGUGGUGGUGACUCAUGGUGGAAUAGAAAUGGGUCAGGGUAUCAACACUAAAGUUACUCAGGUGAUCGCCUUCACUUUGGGAAUUCCGUUGGACAUGGUGAGUGUGAAGCCUUCCAACACCUGGACUGCGGCGAAUUCUGAUCCAUCAGUAGCUAGCAUAACCAGUGAAUCCGUGUGCUACGCUGCCAGUGAGGCUUGCAAAAUAUUGCUGGAAAGGAUGAAACCACAACGCCAGAAGUAUCCGGAUGCUCCGUGGUUUCAAUUGGUACAGAUUUGCUACGUUGCUAGUGUGGAUUUGAGUGCCAACUUCAUGUUCAAGGCGACGGAUGUUCUACCGUACUUCAUAUGGAGUUUGUGUAGUGCGGAGAUAGAAGUUGACAUUCUGACCGGGAAUAUUCUCAUUCGUCAGAUAGAUGUACAGGAGGACACUGGAGAGAGCAUGAGUCCCGGUAUCGACAUUGGGCAAAUCGAGGGAGCCAUCACCAUGGGCUUGGGAUACCACUUGGCCGAAGAGUUGAUUUAUGAUGCGAGAAAUGGUAAGUUGCUGACGGAUCGUACAGUGAACUACAAAAUUCUUGGAGCGAAAGAUAUUCCGGUUGAUUUCCGAAUAAACUUUUUAAAAGGAAGCAGUAAUCCGUGUGGUGUGCUGAGAUCAAAAUCAACCAGUGAACCACCGCUGAACUUAUCGGUUGUGGUUUUGUUUGCUCUGCGAAACGCUUUGCGAUCUGCCAACAUAGAUGCUGGAUUACCGGAUGAGUGGAUACCGCUAGGCACAGCUUCCACGCCGGAGAAAAUCUUCUUGAAAUCUGGAAAUAAAACUGAGCAAUAUUUAAUUGAUUGAUUCUGAACAAAAACUGUGUAGUUCUUUAAACUGUUAUCGACUUUUUUUUUCUGAAAACAUAGGCGAGUAGCCAGUAGCCAUGAGUCGU